AUGUUCUCAAUCAACAUUAUCGAUGUAAUCAUUAUAACACCGAACACCGUAGGGAAGGGCUAUUCCGUGUACACGUUCGAAGUGUUCGGCAAAGAACAUUGUCGCAUUGUGAAGCCGACAAUUGUUAAUUGGUUUAUAAAUGGACGUUUUAAUAACUCCGAACUCUUUCCAAAUAAAUUGAGAAACUUUCAUAACUGCAGUUUACGUGUGUUAUCACGUAAUGUGCCGCCAUUUUUCACAUACCAUAAAGAAAACAAUAACGGUACUAUAAUAAUGAAAGGCGUCGAGGCGAAACUAUUGAACGCCAUUGCCGAGCAUUUGAAUUUUCGCAUAGAACCGAUUAUAAGUUCUGCCUAUGAUUGUGGUGAUGUUUAUUCUAACGGUACAAUGACUGGUCCCUACUAUCAAUUGGAUCAAAAUCAUGUUGACGUACUUAUGGGUUAUUUCUUCUAUGCUGCACAUCGCAUUGCCUUCUUGGAGGAGGGUUUAUCGUAUUUCACCACCGCUUUGGUUGUUAUUGUAAAGCGUCAACCGCCGCCGCCCGACCACAUGUGGAUGUUGGAUCCCUUCCAAUUGAACACUUGGCUAGCGCUGCUGCUAAUGGUGGCCACCGUUAUUUCGUUUAUGUGUGUGUUACACUUGCGUUAUCAAUAUGGAAAUUGGUUGGAUAUUAUUGGUAGCGUUUUCGGCGAACCUCGUGUAGUUUUAACCAGAAAUUACUUAGUACGCUUCGGCAUUACUUUCUGGUAUGUCGGUUUUGUGUUUAUUAGCAGCGCUUACCAAGCAAAAUUGUUCGUUUCAUACAAUCGGCCGUCACCAGGCUUGCCACACACCAUAAAUGAUUUGCAGCGUAAUAAUUUUACAUUUUUGGUGCACAACACAAUGACUCUGAAUUAUUGGUUGCCUGAUAUGAAUAUACCUGAAAACCGCAUUAAAUACAUUAAUUCUUCAAAUGCGAAUUCGGUCUUUGAGGAGCUUUUGAAUUCAACUGGCAAUGUGGCUACACUGGCGACUAUUGCGCGUAUGCAUUAUUUUGAACGCAAGCGGCAGCUAAUUGGCGUUUUCGAUCAGGUUCCCGAAACGGUGCAACUACCGGAGAUUUGUGCGUAUUUUCAACAUCAUUCGUAUCUCGUCAAGCCAUUCAACUCCGUCAUUGCAAUGAUACGCAGCAGUGGCUUAAUUUCACGUUGGUAUGGCAAUGCUCUAACGGAUUCCAAAGGACCCGCGAAAAUACAGCGUGGCGGUAAUCCUAAAAGUUUGGAUCUGGAAAAAUUUGGUAUUGUUUUCUUUUUACUUUUCUGCGGUGAAUUUAUUGCCUUUAUUGUAUUUGUCAUAGAAAUUAUAAUUGCACGCUAUAAGAAAUAA